CGUUCAGCUGGCUUCUACAAUGACUCCGGGAGCUGUUUUUUCCUCUGCCACUCCAACCCCAGAAACAAACAAAACAUUUGCCUUGGAGAUCCCGGAUAUUAUAGUUGUUAUUGUCUAUUUUGUCUUUGUUAUUGUUGUUGGAAUAUGGUCAUCAAUCAGAGCCAACCGGGGAACAGUUGGGGGCUACUUCCUGGCUGGGAGAUCAAUGACAUGGUGGCCAAUUGGUGCCUCCCUGAUGUCCAGCAAUGUGGGCAGUGGACUGUUUGUUGGCCUGGCAGGCACUGGGGCAGCAGGAGGCAUUGCUGUGGGCGGCUUUGAGUGGAAUGCAGCUUGGGUGCUCAUUGCUCUGGGCUGGAUCUUUGUGCCUGUGUACAUCUCUGCUGGUGUGAUCACCAUGCCUGAGUACCUGAGAAAGCGGUUUGGGGGUCAGAGGAUUCGCAUCUAUAUGUCUGUCCUCUCCCUCAUUUUGUACAUUUUCACCAAGAUCUCGACAGACAUCUUCUCAGGAGCCUUGUUCAUCCGGGUCUCUUUGGGCUGGGACCUUUACCUCUCUACAGUAGUACUGCUUGUGGUGACCGCAGUGUACACCAUUGCAGGUGGGCUGGCAGCAGUGAUCUAUACAGAUGCUUUGCAGACCGUCAUCAUGGUGGUAGGGGCAUUUGCCCUGAUGUUCAUAGGUUUUGAGAAGGUGGGCUGGUAUGAUGGACUGCUGGAGAAGUAUGAGGUGGCCGUGCCCACUCUCACUGUGCCCAACGCCACCUGCCACCUGCCCCGUUCUGAUGCUUUCCACAUGUUCCGCGACCCACUAACAGGAGACCUGCCCUGGCCUGGCUUGGUGUUCGGGCUCACAGUCCUGGCAACAUGGUGCUGGUGCACUGACCAGGUGAUAGUUCAGAGGUCCCUCUCUGCAAAGAACCUGUCCCAUGCCAAAGGGGGCUCGGUGCUGGGAGGGUACCUGAAGGUCCUGCCCAUGUUCUUCAUUGUGAUGCCAGGCAUGAUAAGCAGGGCACUCUUUCCAGAUGAAGUGGCCUGUGUGGACCCUGAAGACUGUGAGAGAAUCUGUGGAGCUAGGGUGGGCUGCUCAAACAUUGCCUAUCCCAAACUUGUGGUGGAGCUGAUGCCAGUUGGCAUGAGGGGGCUGAUGAUUGCAGUGAUGAUGGCCGCCUUGAUGAGCUCACUCACCUCCAUCUUCAACAGUAGCAGCACUCUCUUCACCAUGGACAUCUGGAUGCGCUUCCGCCCCCAGGCCUCUGAGCGAGAGCUCAUGGUCGUGGGCAGGGUAUUCAUCUUGGUGCUGGUGGCCCUCAGUAUCCUCUGGAUUCCCAUCAUUCAGGCAGCCAACAGCGGAAAGCUGUUUGAUUACAUCCAGUCCAUUACCAGCUACCUGGCACCACCCAUCACUGCCCUUUUCAUCAUGGCUGUGUUCUGGAAACGUGUCAAUGAGCCAGGAGCCUUCUGGGGCCUGAUGGUGGGUCUGGUCAUUGGAUUGGUCAGGGUAUUCUUGGAGUUCAUGUAUGGAGCUCCCCCCUGUGGUGAGAAGGACCAACGGCCUGCAAUUGUGAAAGACAUCCACUACCUGUACUUUGCCCUGAUCCUUCUGGGUCUCACUGCCGUGGUCAUCACUGUAGUGAGCCUUUGCACUCCUCCUAUUCAUGACCAGCAUCUCAUUCGAUUGACCUGGUGGACAAGGGGGAGUCAGGCCCCCCGCAUUGACCUGGAAGACCCCUGGGCUCCGGUUUCGACCCCUGACCCCAGCAGGCCCUCUUUAGAGGACAAAGAGUCACCUCAGGGAACAGCAGACGUGUCGUGCUGGAAGAGAGUGGGCCUGUGGUUCUGUGGCCUAUCCAGUAGUCAGGCCAAACCCCAGGUGAGCCUGGAUGAGAGACAGGUCCUGGAAAAGAAGCUUACCAGUAUCAGGGAGGACCCUGUCUGGAGAAAUGUCUGCAAUGUCAAUGCCAUCAUCCUAUUGACUGUUAAUGUCUUCCUGUGGGGAUACUUUGCCUGACCAUCGCCAACAUCCCAGCACUCCAAAAAACAGAGAACUUUAUGUCUUGACUAACUUUUUCUGCUUACAGUAUGCAAAACAUUGUUUUUCUGUUCAAAAGAACAAUGCAGAGCUGUGUCAGUUUGGACUUUAUAACAGAAUUGUGAUGAGUCAGACAUGAACCUUGUCAUGCUUCACUGGACAAGUCCAAACAUGAGCCCUAUCCAGCAGUUUGUCCCAAACUGACAUUCCUCUGACAUUAUACUACUGAAUGUUUCCUCUCCUUUAAUUUACAGUGUUUUUUUUCAUUGAGAAACAUAUUAAAUCCACAUUUAUAUGUGGAGUUUUUAGAUUUUUGUUGGUACUCUGAAAACAGAAUUACUCAAUCUACAGUGCCCCAAAGGUAUUACUGCAAUGAAAUGUGUAAACCGAAUAUUUAAAGCAGUAAAUGUAUGCAGAAUACAUUAAAACUGUAACUUGCUGUUCUUCAUUUGUCUGGCCUGCCUUAUUUGUAUGGCCUGCUAUUGUUUUGCAUCUAAUGAAAACUCACCAAAUUCAGAAAAGGAAUAGAAGAUUUGAGAAAAAAUGAGUAGCAAAGUUUUUAGAAUUUUAGAACACGAAAAGGUUUUAAAAUUUGUCAGAGAUCACAGGGAACCUUGUUUGGUUAAUAUUCCAGUUGCCUUUAUCUUCUUUUACAAAACAUUCCCAAAUUUUGUGUUAUCCUGAAGCGCUUCAAUUUUUUUUGGAAUAGUCAUGUCUCUGGCACAGGUACCCUCGACAAACAUGGAGAAAAUUCUAGAUUGUUAUAGAAAAUAACAAAAACAAUAUAUAGUACAGAUUAAACAUAUUUUGAUUACAUACUGCUGAUUUAUCAAUCAGAUAUGAAUUAAACAUUUUAAACAUUUACAAAGAAAUAGCAAAGUAUUUUCAAAGUUCGUAAAAAUGUAGUUUUUACAGCUGAAUUGUAUUAGAAUGAACAGUAGAUGGCAUCAUUGUCCUAAGUUUCAUAUUUGUUUCAUUAGCACCGUAUUAAAGGAAGAGGUUAUUCUCGA